AUGAACCCUCAAAACCUAUUCGCUCAACAACGCACAUCACAUUUCGUAAACGAGCAAGAGAUAAACGCAGCGUCACACGGACGACGACUCACCGUGCAAGAGCUACUCACCGACACCGUUCAUAACUUAAAUAACGUUAAUAGCGGCAACAUAAAUGUCUCUCCUACGCAUGACCAACAGCACAACCAUCAUUCAUCAUGUCCUCCGCCAACUCCACAAAUACACGAUAUAAACACCAUUCACGAACAUAAUAAUCAUUUAUUAUCGGCGCGAGCUGUAGAUUCAGCAAGCACUUUACCAUAUUUUCGACCUUUAGGCGACUUCGAUAAUAGAAAUGGAUACUCAAAACUGUUACCUCGUCCGACGCCACCUUCUAACGAUGAACUAGAAGGCGGCGGAAGUUAUGAGAGUAACAUCAACCCUAAUUAUGUAAACUACAACAUAAAUAUUUCUACUCAUAAUACGCAUACACUAUCACCAACUUCACCACCACUAUAUGCCGUUAUGCCUCCAACUUCUCCCGCUACUCCUAUAUCUCCUAACCAGCAGACUCAUGCAACAAUCCCAUUAUCAGAACAGCGUGAACGGAACAAGAUAGCCUCUGCCAAAUAUCGUAAAAAGAAACAAUUGAUGAAUCAAGAAAUGUCUGCUCGGAUAAACGAGAUGAAUUCUAAAAUAAGCUCGUUGGAAACCGAAAAUACAAUGUUGCGGCGGCAAUUGGAGGAAGUAAAGGGGGAAAAUCAAGAAUUAAGAAACACUAUCGAUAAGCUAAAAAAUAAGCUAGCCAAGGAUAAGAUAUUCAAAAGAUUGGAAAGGGUUUCGGCGACAUCAGGGAAAAUUCGAAAGGGAGCUGGCGUAAGCGUUGUUAUGGCAAGGAAAGGAUAA